UUUCUUUAAAGUUUGAACCUAAUUACUUGUACAACAACUGAUGCGUGCUAAACAAAGAGGCACUCUCAAAUCAUAACUUUGACAAUUCAUUUCCACCCUUCACCCGCUUUAUUUUUCACACACAAAAAAUGGAUGGAAGAAUAUCGCAUAGAAGAACGGCGUUUUGCAGUGCUCUCAUUGUUGUGCUGCUGGCAGCGAUGGUUGAAUCAUACGACAAAGAAAUGACUGUUCACAUUGAUGCGGGAAAGAAAGAAUGCUAUUUCCAUCCUGUGAAAGCCGGUGAAACAAUAGAUAUUGAGUAUCAGGUAAUCGAUGGUGGACAUGGUGAUUUGGAUAUUAGUUUUUCGCUAGCCGAUCCCAUUGGACUGAUAAUUGUUAGUGAUUUCAAAAAGCCGGAGAAUAUACAUCGACACGAUGUCCAGAAGGAAGGUGAUUAUCGUUUCUGCUUCGAUAAUACGUUCAGUACAUUCAAUAGGAAAACGGUAUUUUUCGAGUUAAUUGUGGAAAAGGAAGGAGAACAAAAUCUUGGAGACGAUCAGUGGAAUGAUGUUUUCGAAGGUCUAACACCGGAAGAGUUCUAUGAAAUGAAAGUACAGGAUAUUAUGGAUUAUAUUGGACGUAUACGUAUGCAAAUGACCAAAGCUAGGCAAAUACAGGAUAUGUUAAGAUCUCAUGAAGCUCGUGAUCGUAAUUUGGCAGAAUCGAAUUUUAUUAAAGUAAAUACUUGGUCAUUGUUCCAAAUAUGUGCCAUGAUUGCUGUGGGCUUGCUACAAGUGUUCUUGGUACGCAGUAUAUUUGACACCAACACCCGUAUGAGUAAAUUGUGGCAACGUAUGCAUCUGUGAAAUUCAACCCCAUAACUCAAAAUAUUUGGUUUCAUCAUUGUUUUGUUCAUGGCUUGGUCUCCUUCGUCUCAGUGUAGCUCUCAUUCUGUCUUACCAAAGAUUUUUUUAUAAUAUUUUUUUUAAUGAAAUUCAAAUCGAAUCAGGGUAUUAAAAAUGUUCCAUAUAUAUUUUUUUAUGAUUUCGCAAUGGAAAAAUGUAAGAAUUCUCCCACCUUUUUUGAUUUAUUUAGGCUAAAGAACAUCUUGAUUUAGUUUUUUACAACAUUUUCAAGAAAAAAAAAAAACACACUUGCCAUCACAUACAUAGAUAUUAAGAGCAGGUAUAUAACAAAAACGAAGUCUCAUAAAAUCCUAGAAAAUAUCAGUUUUUUAAUUUAUUGCGCUGCGCAACUUUGAACAUUUGCCGUUGUGUUCUGUUAUCAAAAUUGAAAAUCUCCAUUUGGCAUUUUCUUAUCUUGAAGGCCGGUUUUCAUGUUCUUUGAUAAAAAAAAUUAGAAAAUUGACAUGUAAAUGCUGAAAGAUAAACAUGCUGGCAACUAGAAAUUAAUGUCUGCAAAUGUUUUAUUUUGCCAUAUAACAUUUUACAUUAAGUAUAGUUAAAAUACAAGUAUAUAAUUUUCUGAUUGUAGUUAAUUUAAAUGAACUAUAAAGCAAUAAAAAAUGAAAAAUUAUCAGCAUUUUAA